UCAAAUCAGCAAGGCGAUCUCCGAAGCGAGGGAAAAAUUUAAUAGAAGCAAGAUAGUAGCCGAGCGAAGUGUGUGUAUGGUGUGUCGCAUGCAAAUCUGAAUACGAAAGAUCGAAUAUUUGAUUCAUAUGAGUUAAAAGUGCCGUCGUAUACAAAGUGCAUUAGAUGUGCAGUUACGUAAUGUUGUUUUUUACAUCACACAGAUAAGCAAUAAUAUUUCAGUCAGUUAUUUUGCAGUGCAAAAUAAUAUUUGAUCGAAUCAUGUUUGUUUACGUCCACGUGCUGUAAGAAGAAAAUCGAUUAUAAAGGCAAAAUGUCGUUAAAGAAGGAGUCGCGCACGGACGUGCAGUUCCAUCUAGCGGCGCUGCGCGGCGACAGAGCGCGCCUCUGCCAGCUGCUGGACACUGGCAAGGUGCACAUCGACUCCAGAGAUCGGGACGGCACGACGCCGCUGAUCCUGUCGGCGGCCAUGGGGCACGCGGACUGCGUGGAGGAGCUGCUGGCACAGGGCGCGGACCCCGCCUGCUGCAGGACGACGGGCACGAGCGCGCUGUUCUUCGCGGCGCAGGGCGGCUUCCUCGACAUCGCGCGUCUGCUGCUCCAUGCCGGCGCAGACAUCGACGCGCCCAGCACUGACGGCGGCACUCCGCUGUUCGUGGCGUGCCAGUGCGGCCAUCUGCCCGUCGUCGAGGAGCUGCUGCAGCGCGGCGCCGACGUCAACUCCUGCAUGAAGGACGGCGCGACGCCGCUGUUCAUAGCGGCGCAGAACGGGCACGAGGAGGUGUGCGCGCGUCUGCUGCGGGCCGGCGCGGCGGUGGACGCGGCGCGAGCUGACCGCGCCACGCCGCUCUGGAUAGCGGCGCAGUGCGGCCACCAGCGCGUCGCCCGCGUCCUGCUCGCGCACGGCGCACGCGUCGACUCCACCAGACAGGACGGCGCCACGCCGCUGUUCAAGGCGGCGCACAAGGGGCACGCGGCCGUGGUGGUGGAGCUGCUGAAGCACUCGCCCGACCUCGGGCUGCUGCCCAACGGUCAGAGCGCGCUGCACGGCGCCGCCAUGUUCGGGCAGCUCGCCUGCGUGCGUCUGCUCGCCGCCCGCCGCGCCUCCGCCCUCUCCCUGCGCAACGCCGCCGGACUCACGCCGCUGCAGGCCGCCAGGCACGCCGCCCGCCGCGACGUCGUCGACUACCUGCAGCGCCUCGCCGCCUCCUGA